CUGCAACACUUUUUUGUAAUUUUAGUGAACAUAACUGAUGUGUUUGCAUUUGAAAACAAGGAACGGAAUGGUGAUAUCCGUGUGAACAAGAUCAAACGAGGCUGGGAUCGUUUUGACUGGGUGGUCGAGUUCGCACGCCAGGGCAUCGGCGUAGCUGAUAACGAUGCAUGGGCGAUUACCGAAUUCAACAAAGAUUACAAAUACUGUGAUACUUAUCCGGAGAUUCUGUGUGUCCCAUCGGCAGCAUUCAUCCAAACACUGAUAGGAUCAUGUAGAUUUCGAAGUCGAGCACGCCUUCCAGUGCUAACCUAUUGGCAUCGAGCAAAUGCAGCAUGCAUCUCAAGGUGUGCUCAGCCGCUGACGGGUUUUAGCGCACGUUGUAUCGAAGAUGAAUCUCUGAUGGGUUUAAUUGCAAAAACAAAUCCAUCCUGUUCAACACUUUAUUUGAUUGAUACACGAUCGCGGGUGAAUGCUAUGGUUAAUAAAAUGCAAGGCAAAGGAUUUGAAGAUGUACGAAAUUAUUCAAAUUUGCGUUUCCACUUCUUUGAUAUUGAUAAUAUUCACGUUAUGAGGUCCAGCUUAAAUAAACUGCUGGAUGCAUGCCAAAGGACAAAAACAAUUUCGGAUUACUACAAACAGUUGGAAGCAUCCGGUUGGUUGAAGCAUAUUCGUGCGCUACUGGAAUGUGGUGAUUUUUUGGCAAGUUCUGUUGCUCGAGGAAUCUCUUGUGUUGUACAUUGCUCGGAUGGAUGGGAUCGUACAGCGCAAUCAGUCAGCAUUGCACAGCUUCUUUUGGACCCAUUUUUCCGAACUGUCAGGGGCUUUCAGAUUUUAAUCGAAAAGGACUGGCUUGGUUUUGGGCAUAAAUUUGAUGAUCGAUGCGCUCAUGUGGGUGCUUUCAAUGAAGAAGCAGCAAGAGAGGUGUCACCAGUUUUUACGCAGUUUCUGGAUGCUACUUAUCAAAUCACCAGGCAAUAUCCACGAGCAUUCGAAUUCAACGAGCGAUAUUUGAUUGAAAUGAAUGAGCAUGCUUAUUCCUGUCAGUAUGGCACUUUUUUGGGUAACUGUGACAAAGAUCGAAAGGAUCUCAAUUUAGCAAAACGAACUCAAUCUUUGUGGGCUUUCAUGGAUGAUCGUCAUGAUGAUUACAUUAAUCCAUUGUAUGAACCAAAUAAAUAUGGUUAUUUGGAAAAGAUUGAUUUGCAUCCUUCAGUGUUUGCUGUCUGGAUAGCACUGUACAAUCGUUUCGACAUGGGUCUCCUGCCGAGGGAGAAUACCAACGAUGUGACCAUCACAACACUGGAACAUAUUGGUGUCCUUGAAGCUCAUUUAGCUUCACUUCAAACAAAGCUGGCGGAGCUCAAAAUUUUGGCCGGAAAACAAACACCGGGAAGUGAAGCGAUGGCCGAUAGUGGGCAUUCCAGUAGCAUUUCUAGCGGUAUCACAGCAUCUGCUUGUAAAAUAUCAGAUGUAAUUGCACCGGCAAAUGAUGGUGCGACUGAGGGAAAAAGUGAGAAGCAGCUAUGGGAUGAGCUGGAAAGGGAAGAUACUGUGGAAAGUGGCAUAUACGAUGCAUCAUUCCCCUUUAGCGACAGCAGUCCACUGCCGGCACUACGUUGGCAAUCGAUUCGCACGGCAGAUGAAUGUGCCAAUAAAAACUGUGGCGCCGAAUUUGCGACUCGUGGUGAGCGUCGUUUGCACUGCUAUAGAUGCGGGAAAAUUUACUGCCGUCGUUGUAUGCUACUAACAUCGGAUGGUGGCGAACGGAUUUGCGUUAUUUGCUCCAAAUUUGCUCAGCAAAACCGAUCAUAGUU